AUGUCCCGACGGGAGCACGGACGGUCGUCCCCAACGUCCGUCCGAGGUGACGGGAGGGCCUGGGGUUAGGGGGGGGGGGGGGGGGGGGGCAAGGGAGGAGGAGUGUGUAAGGGGGUCCGAUGACUCAUCGCCGAGAGAAGCACUCUCCUCUCGUUUCGUUACAGGCGCGCGGUCCUGUGACUCCUGUCAUGUGCCGAUCUAUCUCUCCCCAAUCCGCAUGGCCCGCGGCAGGCGUCCUUGUCCCCGUACUGUAAGUAUACACCGGGGGGUGCAGCAGAGAGAGAGAGAGAGAAUGCGCGUUCUGCUCCCCGAUGCGAAGAAGCGCAGGCCCACCGCCCUUGGGUCUCCGGGGGUUCUCGAAUCUCCUGCGCGCGAGGGGUGGCGGAAGAGCUUUCUGACUUCCAUCUACUCUCUUCUCUUUUUCUCUUCUACAGAACUCCCGGACGCGCUCCGACCUGCUCGCCAAUUCAGCGAAAGUCUUGUAGGAGUCCACCACCUUCUCUCGCCCUCGCCCUCGUCUCGCAUGACAACACCCGCUCGCACGCACUCGGUGGCACUUUUCCAGACCCGGACGCUUCAGUCGACGUACUAUUACCGGUAUAAUCUCGCACCCGAGCAACAGGAGCUGUAGAGCUGGAGCUCAGCGCGGCAUGUCAAUGUUCGAGCCGAACGGCGCUGUUGGUGGACCUGACCGGAGCUGAGGAGCCAUGAGAUGAGCUCAGCUCGGUUCAUACCAGAGUUCGUCUUGGAAAGAUCUGAACAGGACGUGAUCCUGGUCAGAAGUGCUGAUGUGAACUGAAUGUAGGCCGGAGGUGUGAUCCGCGAGGGAGGAGGCCAUGGGCGCCAUUGUCGGUGAUCAUGAGUCUCGUCGUUGGCUUCGAGGGCUCGAACUCGAUCCGUAGAUCGAUCGAAGGGGGCUUAGAACUUCAAAGGUGACGGCGGCCUCAGUCAGCGGACUAACGUGGUCAUAGAAUAAUAUAAUGGCCCGCCGUAUGUUGCAUACUUUGGUGUACGAGAUUCCUCAUAAUGACAUACGAUUCCGUAUCACGGCAUGGAGUAUAGGUGGGGUGGGGGGAUGCAGUGAGCUUAGAAAUUGGAAUCAACGAUGCGUGUGGUGAUUUGUUUCGUACAGGUUCUCAUGAGUGUCCUCACGGGCUUGAAGGUGGAGUGAACCUACACCAUCAUGCUCUCAAGCCAUUGAUAAACUUUCCUUAGUCGACUUAGAUUGCACUGCACUGCGGUCGAGAUCCCAGAUCUGAGCCAUGGGUGACUUCUGCCAUUUAAGGUCGUAGGGAACUCUCUAAUGAAUCCAAUCAGGUACUGAAAGCCAUGAAUGCUGGUGAGCAUCAUCUGAGCCAUGUGUGAUGGCCAUCGCAAUUGCAUCGGGCUCGCUUCACAGAACUUUCUCCAACCAUAAAUUUCUAGGGAUUUGUUGCCUUUACCGAACGAUAAUUGGGAUUAUUCCUCCAAAUGCAAGGACGUCCUAAUCAUGACUUUCCUUCUUCCUGUAAAGAUUGCAAUCUUCUGCUCCAGACACUUG